AUGCCUACGUCUGUCAACAGCGAGCAUACGGCGAAACUAGAGGCCGCAAGGACAUUGCAAACGACACUCGAACAAACCCAAUUUCAUCUGGUCAACUACCGCGAGCAAUUUGACUCUCAGCAGGACUCGCUCGAUGGCGAUGCCGGACAGCUGUUUCAAGGGAGGACAGGUCUCACAGACCCCGCUAUUGUCGGGGUACAUCUUGCAUCGCAAGUGGCGUUUUUGCGGAAGCUCAAGAUGCAGUACCUUGAGCAAAAGGCGAAAGAUCAAUACAUCAAGACGAUCGUGAGCGACGACGCACCGAACAUCAACGCCGAAGACAACGAACGACUGGCACUCGCGAAUGAACAGAAGAAGGAGGCUCUACGGAUAGCUAAGGCUCAGCUAGUAGAGAAAGAUAGUGACAUUCGUACCCUUGCGCCGCUAGUAGAGCAAGAUUAUAAUAAAGCCAAGGCACUCACAUCAGAGGCCUCCGAUCUUGCGCGGAAGAUUCUCGACGCGCGGCUACAGCUCACUCGCUUGAGACAAGCACACCCGCAUCCGCGUCUCACUGUCACGUCAGCCAACGCGCAGCUCGACGCACAGGUCGAAGAGAUGCAGAAGCUCGAUGAUGAGCUGCAGGGCAUCAAUGUGAACAUUGAUGAGGUCAAGGAUAAUGUCAAGGAAGGGGCACGCGACGUCGAGCGGCUCCGUAUAGAGCGAGCGGAUGCCGAGAAGCUUGUCCGUGCGGGCGAAGCAGAUGUUCAGGACGGACGGGUCCGCGGGCUGUACGACUGGUAUGCAGCGUUUACCGCGUCGCUGGCACUACACCGCUCGCUACAUUCUCUCGAGUCCUUCCGUUCCGUGUCCGAAAAUGAACUACACCUCGCAUAUUCCAUCACGCCGACGUCUGGCCCUGACACGCGCCGACGACCUAUCCGCAUCGUCCUACUGUUCGUGCCUAAUACGAGACAGCUAGCAGAUGCACAGAUCGAGGGCCUCAAAGAGGAUGUGGGCGACAUCGUCGGUGCGCAUGUACAAGCAAACGACGUCCCUGGACUCCUCGCGGCCGUUCUAUCGAGAGCUCGAGCAGGAUUCUGA